ACACGCGGUAAAACGUAGUUUAGUUUUUAGCCGAGGUGGUAAUUUCCUUUUAAUUUUGAAUAUUUAAACUCAUUGUACUAUAAACAUAUUGCAGAUUUAAAUAAAAUUAAGAAUGUUGAUCAUUAAUAUAAAAUAUAAAAGUACUAGUCUCAUUCAGGUAUUUAUUAUUUUGAAUUUGAUUAUUUCUAUUUUUACAAUUCCCAAAUUGAAAUUUUUGCAGAGUACACCAUUUUGUAGUAGUGUAUACUGCGUCAACAUGUCGGAGUGUUUGAACUAUUAUAUUUUAUAACAAAUAUAAUAUAUAAUAUGUUGUUGAAAUGAAAUUAUUGUUCUUAUAUAUAAAUACGAAGAAUUGUAAAAUUUUAAAUUUAUUUGGGUAAUACUUAUUGCAACCAAUCAUUACUAUAUGUUAUAUUUGUCGUUAUCAGUUGAGUAUUUUAAUGAAAAAUUUACUCCAAGUUUUCUGUGUAUAAUAAUAAAUAAUAAACAAUAGGUGAUUCAGGAGAGUAGUGAAAUUUCUAUUUAUCAAAAUUUAAUACCUCCACUGUUUGGUUGAAUAUACACUCCGUUUUGAAAACUGCACCAAGACUUGGUAUUCAUUUUUUUCCGUGUCUUCGGUUUUAAGUUAAAAGUAGAAUUUUAUUUCAAGUAAUUAAUUAAAAUAUCGAUUAUUACAUUUGUAGGCGUAAUUACGGCAUGGGGGAUUGUAAUUUGGAUCUGUACAAUCAAAAAGAAAAGUUUUCUUAUACGCCGUGGUGUUCAAUGUGUGAAAAAGGACCUCAAAGGAGACGUUCUAUUAGCGAAACUAAUGAACCUUGUCGAAGAAAAAGUAAAGAAUUGAAAACCCUAACUCCAAAAAAGUACAAUCGUAGUCAAGAGUAUGAAAACAUGGAAUUUGAAUAUGAAUUAAAAGGCCAAUGGCAAGAAAAAGACAUGAGGUAUGAAUUCUCUAGGAUUAGAUCGAACCUGUGUGAGCUACCUACAAGCUAUAUAUCAAAUAAUUGUCAACUUUCAAAUAAUUUGACAGGUCUUCCAAAAUUGUCUAAUGAGCCAACUGGUUUUGACUGUUUCAAAGGUGCUGGUGCUUAUGAGACUGCAGGAAAAUUUGUAGAUAUCAAUGAUCAAAUAGAAAAUUUAGGUAACAUGCAAAGUAAAACAAAAACCAAAUUAGAGCCAAUAAAGCUUAGUAAGAUAGAAAUUCCCUCAGGUCAACGGAAACGAGAAGUGAGGAGCCCUGAUAAAUUCUGCAAUUUUUACCAGUACAAUUUAAAUUCUAGACAACAUCUACAAAGCAAAAGUGAUAUUUUAGAAAAAUACCCUGCCCCGCAAAAAUCGAAGACUAAUCCGUCUACAUCCCCAUUUUGUAAUGAAUAUUGUAUGUACACUAAUUUCAAGAUGCACACGUUAAGCAGUCAGACACCAGUAUGUUUUGACACCAGUACUUAUUUUAACAGAAGAAACGACACCAUUCCAGACAAAUACAAUAGAGAAAUUCAAGAUUUAAGAGAAAAAUUACUAUCAUUAAAAAGUAAUUGUUAUAAUUACAGAUGCGAAAGUUCAGAAGGAAAUCCUAGCCCUAGUAAGGGUGGUAUAAACACUAUAAAAACCAGAUCUGAACUAACUAAUGCUCAAAGUACAGCUACUAUUGAUAAACAUGAAAUGAAAGCAGUAACUGAUAUAAAUUUAUGCAAAAGUAUCCAGAAAGAAACUCCCAAGUCACUUCAGUUGCAGUGUGAAGUGGAUCAUUCGGUAACUCCUUCUACUCCUGGACUUAAAACCAAUAGGAGCAAAGUUUCUUUGAAAACUAGAAUUAAAGUGAAUAAUCAUAAAAUGAAAAAAGGAAAAUCAAAGACUUUGCAUACGUUGCCUGCAAUAACUGAUGAUACAAACAGUGAUUGUAGUGGCUCUGAUAGUGAAAACGAAACAAAUAUAGAUGAUAUUGAUAACUUAGAAGAUGGUAAAAAUGAAGAUUCAUCUGAGAGUUGCUUGUCUCUAAAUGAAAAUGAAACUGGUUCUGGAGAUGCAGUAAACUGGCCCCUCAGACCAAGCCUCUUUCCAAACAUUCCGCCGUACAUUAAGUUCAGAAUGUUCAGUUCCGAAGUAGAAGUAAAAAUUCCCAAUGCCAAAAAAUUCUUCAAAUGGAAACUUAGUACAAUAACUCCGAUGAUAGUUAGAAAAACAUUAACAAAUACCGGUUUCGUACUAGUGCGAAGUGAGUUUUCAAGAGAAUCAAAUCAAUGGUUAGGUACGUGGGGUAAACACAUGAAAUCCCCAAUGUUUAAGACUUUAAAGGAAACUCAAAAGCUGAAUCAUUUUCCCGGUACAUUUCAAUUAGGGAGAAAAGAUAGACUUUGGAGGAAUUUUCAACGAAUGAUAUUGAAAUUUGGAGUAAAAGAAUUUGGUUUUUUACCUCAUACGUACAUUCUACCUCAAGAGUUGAAAUUAUUGAAACAAUGUUGGGAAUAUAAGAAUGGAAAUGGUGGCGAAAUGUGGAUUAUAAAACCGCCGGCUUCUGCAAGAGGGGCUGGUAUAAAAGUGAUAAACAAAUGGUCUCAGCUUCCGAAAAAAUCGUCUUUAAUAGUUCAAAAAUACAUUUCCAAUCCCUAUCUAAUAAAUGAUAGUAAAUUCGAUCUAAGACUGUACGUACUAGUUACUAGUUUCAAUCCUUUAAUUAUUUAUAUGUACAAAGAAGGAUUGGCGAGAUUUGCUAGUGCAAAAUAUAGUAGCAAUGCCAAAGAUCUAAAAGACAGGUAUAUGCAUCUAACUAAUUAUAGUAUCAAUAAAUUUUCCAGUCAAUAUACUGCCAAUGAAGAUGCGAACUCCUGUCAAGGACAUAAAUGGACAAUCUCCAAAUUAAUGGAAUAUUUGCAAGAUUACAACGUAGAUACGAAAGCCUUAUGGAAAAAUUUACAACAAUUAGUGAUAAAGACUAUAAUAGCUUGCGAAUCACCUGUCGUGGAAUUAUGUGAAGAAAAUAUAAAUAGCAGAUAUAAUUGCUACGAAUUAUUUGGAAUCGAUAUACUCUUGGAUGAUAAUUUUAAACCGUGGCUUCUAGAGGUGAAUAUAUCGCCGAGUCUUCACAGCGCUUCUCCAUUAGACGCUUACGUCAAAGGUCCUUUGGUUCAAUCGAUAUUCGAUAUGGCUCAAUUCCAUUUACCGUCCAGGAUACGUAGUCAAAAAUAUGAAGAUAUGCCAGAAGGUUUUGAUACUAGAUUCUAUUCCACCGCCUUAACGAAAAAGGAAAAAAAUAAACAUUCUUUAUUCGAACAGCUAGAAAGUAGGGAUGAGUAUCUCGUAGACAUUCUCAGGACGUUAACUGGAGACGAUGUGAGGCAUUUGGCAAGGGCAGAAGAUGAAUUACAAGUGACAGGAAACUUUGAAAGGAUAUUUCCGACGCCCACAUCUCAUAAAUAUCUACACUACUUGGCUCCAAGAUACUAUAAUAGGUUGUUCGAUGCUUGGGAAGAGAGGUACGGUCACCAGAGGGAAACAGGUAUUGCUGUAUUAAGGAACCUUUGUAACCAAAGAAUUCACUUGAAAGUACCUCUAAAUAGUACGUUGAUCAAGGCAAGAAAUUUCAUGCUGGAUACCAUACAGAGUGUUUGUUCUCAAUGUCGCAAAUUUGCCGAAUACGACCCAUUUGGAUACGAAGGUACAACCAUACAAGUUGGAACGCCCCAAUCCUCCCCUAGAAGAUAUAAUGAGUCAAGCAACAAUCAAUAGUACAAUAUCGACUGCCGUUUAGUAUCUUUAUAAGGAAAAUAUAAAAUUUCAUAACGACUGCCAUUAAUUAAAGUUGAUAUUUUGUUGUGGUUGUUAUUUAUAAAUUUCAUGUAUUGUGUCUAUGAUUAAAUUUUCGUAUAAUUAUUAUUUCGCAUUAAAUGUAUUAUUUCAUUUUUGCCAUUGUCUUAAGUUAUUUGUAUUAUUUAAAUCAAUAAAAGAAUUCAAAAAAUACACACUA